UCGCACAAAGGGCCGGCCGCUGGCCCAGGGAGCAAAACUCGAGCGAGGAGGCCACUCGCUGACGUUAGCCCCAUUAGCUACCAGUUAGCCCGGCGGCUAGCGAGCGAGCCAAAACAUCAGUUUGUCUUAAUGCCGCCCGUCCCCUCGCAGGCAUGGCAGGGACACAGCGUUCGCACAUCGAAUGCGAACUGUACUACCUCAUCGCCAGGUUUCUGCAGUCCGGACCUUGUCAGAAGUCAGCAAAGGUUCUGCUGGAGGAGCUGGAAGAGUAUGAGUUGAUCCCACAACGAUGGACUUGGGACGGAAAUAAAUACAAACGCACCUUCCAAGAUUGGGUGAUUUUGAAUGAGCACAUUCCUGCAGACUAUCUGCUGCGCGUUUGUAAACGGAUCGGCCCGCUCAUCGAGAAGGAGAUCCCACCGAGUGUUCCGGGAGUCCAAACACUUCUUGGCUUGGGAAGACAGUCUUUGCUUCGCACCACCAAAAGUUGUAGUCACAAAGUAUGCAGCGGCUCAGCUGUUGCUGCGCUCCACCGAGGACGGCCACCGGAACCUCCAGUCAACAAUGGACAUUCUGCCAAUGUUGUGUCGAUCAUGGGCGCUCGGCAGACCACUGGCACGGUUCGUUUUGGCCAGGCACUGCCGUCUUCCGCCUACCAACACAUGAGGAUACACAAACGUAUCCUGGGCCACCUUUCUGCAGUCUACUGCGUAGCCUUUGACCGCACCGGGCGACGAAUAUUUACAGGUUCAGAUGACUGCCUUGUGAAAAUCUGGGCCACAGAUGACGGCCGGCUCCUCGCCACGCUGCGCGGCCACGCGGCAGAGAUCUGCGACAUGGCCGUCAACUACGAGAACUCUCUCCUCGCCUCCGCCAGCUGUGACAAAAUCAUCCGAGUGUGGUGCUUGCGGACCUGCGCGCCCGUCGGCGUGCUGCAAGCGCACGCUGCCUCAAUCACAUCCAUUCAGUUCUGCCCUUCAGCCAGGGGCGCGACACGUUACCUGGCCUCGACGGGUGCAGAUGGCAUGGUGUGUUUCUGGAAGUGGCACUCUGUCAGCAUGAAAUUCAAUGAUCAGCCCGUCAAAUUUGUUGAGCGGUCACGUCCUGGAGUGCAGGUCUCUAGUUCCUCCUUCAGUGGCGGUGGAAUGUUCAUGGCUACGGGUGGAAGCGAUCACAUGGUCAGGGUUUACUACCUCGGCGCUGAAACCCCCAUGAAGGUCUCCGAGUUGGACGCUCAUACGGAUAAAGUUGUGGUCGUCCAGUUUUGCAAUAAUAGUGACAGUCUCAAGUUUGUGAGCGGCAGUCGUGAUGGCACAGUGAGGAUUUGGCAUUACCAAAAACAAGAGUGGAAGAGCGUCGCUUUAGACAUGGCUGCCAGGCUUCCAGGGAGUUCUGUUGUCAACGGAGAUGAUAAAACCAAGCUGGUGGUGACCAUGGUGGCUUGGGACCGCGCAGAUCGCACCGUCAUCACGGCGGUGUCCAACUAUCAGCUCAAAGUGUGGAACACAAGUAGCGGAGAGCUGCUGCAUGUUUUAUCUGGUCACGACGAUGAAGUGUUUGUGCUGGAGGCACACCCUUUUGACACGCGCAUCGUGUUGUCGGCCGGCCAUGACGGCAAUGUUUACAUCUGGGACCUGAACAAGGGAGUGAAGAUUCGCAAUUUCUUCAACAUGAUUGAAGGUCAAGGUCAUGGGGCUAUUUAUGACUGCAAGUUCUCAGCUGAUGGGCAGCAUUUUGCCUGCACUGACUCUCACGGCCAUUUGCUCAUCUUUGGCUUCGGCUGCAGCGUGCAGUAUGAGAAGGUUCCUGAGCAGAUGUUCUUCCACACGGAUUACCGGCCUCUUAUCCGAGACUCAAACAACUAUGUCCUGGAUGAGCAGACGCAGCAGGCGCCGCACCUCAUGCCUCCCCCCUUCCUGGUGGAUGUCGACGGGAAUCCGCACCCGACACGCUACCAGCGCCUGGUGCCGGGGAGAGAGAAUUGCAAAGACGAUCAGCUCAUACCUCAACUUGGAUACAUGACUAACAAUGAAGGAGAGUUGGUCGAGCAGGUUCUUGGCCAGCAAACUGCAGAAAAUGGAGAAAGCAUUCUGGACAACCUCAUCAGACAGUUGCAGAAUCAGCAGGAUGAGGAUCAGAAUGAACUUCAGGCCGUUGAAGUGGAAGGUGAUGAUGCGGCAGAGGCGGUAGCGUCCUCUCCAGAUGUGGCUCCUCGCAGGAGUGGGCAGGUGGACGGCAUGUGGCAAAUGCAGCACAAUGCCCUGCGCAGUCAAGUGGCCACCGAGAGAGACUUGUUGGCCUGGAGCCGCCGAGUGGUGGUCAAUGAAUUGCCCCAAGGGAUUUUUCAUGCCAUGGAGGAAAGCAGACGAGCUAAAAGUGAUAGGGAAUGUUCUCUAUACAACGCAGAGAGGAGAAAGAAACCAGUAACUUGUCCACCCAAGGCCGAGUCUUUGACCACGCGCCUGCGCUCCUUGCGGCCGACAAAGAAAAAGCCGCAGCGCCACACGUACGAGACCCGCUCGGCUCAAGUGCGCCGGUCGCGGAACCGCGCUGCGCACGAACGUACCUCCAACGGGCAUGCAGACUCCGACAGUGAAAGAGAACGAUCUGAGCAGGCGGAGGCCAGCGGUGCAUCGUCUGAAAGUGAAGCUCAGUGGCAGAGCGAGAGCAGCUCCAGCGACUCCUCCAGUGAGUAUUCCGAUUGGACCGCCGACGCCGGGAUCAACCUGCAGCCCCCUAAGAGAUCGAGCAGGAGGCCCGUCCGGCCCUCGGGUUACAGCAGCUCCGAGGAGGACGAAGGUGAUGAGAAGGCAAAGGAGGAAAAGAAAAAGGAAAAUGAAGAGAAGAAGAAAAAGCCCAAAGAGACCAAACAGAAACCCACAACCUCUCUGGGUGGACUCGACGCAGAGGCGUGGCUGCCACCCUCAUGGAUCAUGGAGACCAUCCCGCAUCGCUCCCCUUUCGUCCCGCAAAUGGGAGAUGAGCUGGUCUACUUCAAACAGGGCCACCAGGCUUACGUCCGAGCGGUCCGAAGGGCCAAAGCCUACAGCGUCAACCCUCCGAAACAACCAUGGAACAAACUCCAACUCAGGGAUCAGGAGUCUGUGAAGGUGGUCGGAAUUAAGUACGAAGUGGGACCGCCCACUCUCUGCUGCCUGAAACUGGCUUUCUUAGACCCAAUCUCAGGGAAGAUGACCAAUGACUCCUUCUCUUUAAAGUACCACGACAUGCCAGAUGUCAUAGAUUUCCUGGUGCUGCAGCAGUUCUACAACGAGGCUAAAGAGCACAACUGGCAGCCAGGUAUGAGAUUCCGCAGCAUCAUUGAUGACGCUUGGUGGUUUGGCUUGGUGGAGGACCAGGAGCCUCUGCAAUUGGACUAUCCAGACAGCCUGUUUCAGUGUUUUGCUGUCAAGUGGGACAACGGUGAGCGGGAGAAACUGAGUCCUUGGGACAUGGAACCGAUUCCUGAGGAAGCUCUGUUGCCCGAUCACGUGGGCGACGGCGUGGAGGUGGCGGAGGAGGAGCUGGAAGCUCUGCUCUACGAGCCUCAGGAGGGAGAGUGGGGAGCGCACGCGCGCGACGAAGACUGCGAGAGAAUCAGUCGCGGCAUCGAUCAGCUUCUUACGCUCGAUGUAGCCAAGCCGUUCGCGUCUCCUGUAAAUCUCGACGAGUACCCUCUGUACUGCACCGUGGUGGCCUACCCCACGGACAUCAGCACGAUCCACAAACGACUGGAGAACCAUUUCUACAGGCGCAUCUCCGCUCUGAUGUGGGAGGUGCGCUACAUUGAACACAACGCCCGCACGUUCAACGAACCCCAGAGCCCCAUUGUGGCGGCGGCCAAAGUGGUGACGGACGUUCUCCUCCGCUACAUCGGAGACCAAAGCUGCACAGACAUCUUGAAUCUUUAUCAUAGGCUGAAAUUUGAGCUCAGCAGUGGAGAAGAUGAGGCCGCGGAGGUCGACGUGGACUCAGACACUCCGGGGACAUCUUCGGGACAUCGGGAAAGCAACUCAAAGAAGCGCGGCGUGGUUUUGGACGUGAGAGCGUGGCGAGGCCAGUGUCGAGAGCUGCUGCGUAAAAUGAUCUCCUCGCAUGAUUCUCAGCCUUUCAGGCAGCCGGUUGAUCUCUUUGAGUAUCCGGACUACCGAGACAUUAUCGACACUCCCAUGGAUCUGGGUACGGUGUCAGAGACGCUCAUCGCCGGCAAUUACGAGAACCCGAUGGAGUUUGCCAAAGACGUCCGCCUCAUUUUCAGCAACUCCAAAGCGUAUACACCGAACAAGAAAUCCCAGAUCUACACAAUGACCCUCAGCCUGUCGGCCUUUUUCGAGAAAAGCAUCAUCUCCGUCAUCUCCGACCACAAGUCGGCCAUUCAGAACGAACGGCGGGCUCGGCAGAGAGAGAGUUACAGAAAUCGCUUGCACAACGGAGGCAGCUCGCCGACUGUCGGCUCUAAAAAGAAGCACAAGUCAGAUACGGCGUCACAGUCCAAACAAUUCCAGACCUCAGCAAAGAGUCGCUCUCCGAGACCACAUAACGCUCAGAAAAGCCGACUUGUAGCACAGGCGGAGGACGAGGGGGAGCGCGUCCAGCCUUCUUCUCCAAGUUCAGGGACCGCCAGCGACGACGGAAACCAGCAGCGGCAGCGCACGAAGCGCAGCCGAGCUACUCCGACCAAGAAGUCAGGACUCCCGCCGCAGCAGCGCCAAGGUGCGGCCGCGCCUCCGUCCGGCGACGACGAGUCCGGGUCCGACAGCUCGUCGUCCGAGUCGGCCUCCGCGUCGUCGCCGUCGUCUUCCUCCUCCUGUUCCUCCUCCUCCUCCUCGUCGUCGUCGUCGUCGUCCGAGAGCGACGGCGGCUCGACCUACGAGGCGGAGAAGUACGUGGAGGGCGGAGAUCACGACUACAGCAAAGCGCCCGGCCUUUCGCUGCGGAUCUCCUUGAAGGACAAGACGGUCACCUCAGGGAAGAGGAAGCGCAAAGAAGGAGAUGAAGACAGUGCGAAGGGUGCCAAGAAAGCACGAGUGCAGCAGCUCGUACAGGUGGAGGAGGAAGAGGAGGAGGAGGAAGAAGAAGAAGAGGAGGAGGAGGAGGAAGAAGAGGAGGAGGAGGUAGAAUUAGAGCAGCAAAUACAACUGCGAACUCUAAGACCUGAGGUAGAGGAAGAUGAAGAAGAGGAGGAGGAGGAGCUGGAAGAAGAGGAGGAACCAGAUGAGGAGGAGGACGACGACGACGGGCCGCCGACAGCGGCGGUCGCGGUCGCCGCCAAAGGCUCAGGAAGCGGCGCGUGCAACGAGCGUCAUCAGGUGAACACUCGCCGGCGAGGCCGCAGGGCGGCCUCGGCGCGCCCGGACGACGAGUCCGACGACGACGACGACGACCCGCUCAACCUGGGCCGGUCCCGCUCGGGGCGCGUACGCCGCAUGACCGAGAAAGCUCGCGUCAGCCACCUCAUGGGCUGGGGCCACUGACCCUCAAGAAAACAAGGAAAUACACUGCAGGGAUUUUUCUUCUUCUUUUUUUUGUACAGGUGUGUAAAUAAUAAAUGUAUAUGUAUAAAUAA